GUGCGGCCGCGCUAAGAAGCAAAGUGGCAGCAUCAGUGGCGGCUGCGGCGGGAGUAGCAGCAGCAGCAUUGACCGGUGGCAACAUCAUUAGGAGACGGUCAUAGAAUAAUUAGAAGCAGCAGCAGCAGCCGCACAAGCAGAACGUCGGUGCAGCGGGUAGAGUCAACACCGGCAGCGUAGGAAGAAGAAGAAGCAGCCUUUGGCAUCUAAAAAGUGAUGCCUGUCCAUGCGUCCAGAUUGCGUGGACGUCAAUAUUAAUACAGCUCUGGGGCAUUCGUUAAUUAUUCAAGUUGUGUUUUUUUUUAUUUUGUAAUGUUACCCGUACGUUCAUGCUCGCUCUAGCCGUGCCGAGGGUAAUUCAGCAAUCGCAAAUAAACAAAAACCAGCGUCAUCUCGAAUGUAAAUGCGUGGCUACGCAAAAUAAGUGUCACUGUCGGAUGUAAUUGCCGUAAGGAAUUCACAUUAAAUCCUGCCAUUACAUUUGGUUAUUAAUUAACUCGCCAUGGCAACGGGCAUGAGCUGGCAGUAUUACAACAGUGGAGGAGGAGGUGGUGGAGGAGGUGGUGGUGGUGGAGCGGGGUCGACACGAAUCGCCGGGACCUCCCUCGAGUACGGGCAGGAGAUGCAUCUCAAGAUGAGCAAGAAGAUCGCCCAGCUCACCAAGGUCAUCUACGCGCUCAACACCAAGAACGACGAGCACGAGGCGGCCGUGUCGGCGCUCCGCGAGGCGCACGCCGAGGAGAUGCAGCAGUUCGCGGCGGAGACGCGGCACCGCCUGCUGCGCUACCAGUCCCGCCUGGGCAUCGAGUCGGAGCUGCGUGAGAAGGCCCGCUCGCUGGAGGAGGCACUCGCCGGCGAAGGGCGCCUCCGCCGACAGGCCCAGGAGCAGCUGGAGGCCUACAGGCGGCACGUGGAGGAGCGCGACGCCGGCCGGGACGCCGAGCACGCCGACCGCAUCCUGACCCUCUCCACGCAGAUGCUCGACAUGAAGCGCGACUUCGAGGCCAAGAUCCUCGGCUUCACUUCGCUGCAGAAACGGCUGGAGGAGGAGAAAGAGGCGGCCCUGGCGGAGGCGCGGGCCUCCCACGACCGCGCGCUGCAGGAACUGGAGCAGGGCCGCGACGCCGAGCACAGCCAGAUGGCCGCCGAGUCACACGCGCGGGCCGAGCGCGAGCACGCAGAGGCCGAGCGGCUACGGGCCGAGGGGGAACGUCUGCGCGGGGAGACGGAGCGGCUGGCGUCCGAGGUGCGGCGUCUGGAGGGCGAGCGAGAGACGGCCGAGGCCGAAGUGCGUGCCGGCUACGAGCAGCAGCUGCAGGAGCUGCGCGGAGCCAAGCACGAGAGCCGGCUUGCCGAGUGGGAGGCGCACGAGCAGCGGCUGCGCCAGGAGUUCCAGGCCCACGCGGAUGAGCUGCAGCGUGGCUGGGAGGCACGGGAGGGCUCUCUGCGGGGCUUCAUGGAGAAGCAGCGGGCCGAGCUUGAGCUGAACCAAGCACAAGUCGCCACCUUCAGAGAGCAGGGGGAGCAGCUGCACAGGGACCUCGGGCUCGCACACGAGGGCAAACAGGAUGCGGAGAGACGCCUGGCUGAAGCACGGCAGGAAGCAUCCUCCUCUCAGGCCCGGCUCGCCGACGCCCAGAGGGAGUUGGCCACUGUCCGUGACCAGCUACAGGACCAGGCCGCUCAGCUGCUCAGCAGAGCCAAACGGAUUGGCUCCCUGGAGGCCUCGCAGAUGGCCGACCAUGCGAACAUACGGGACCUGGUGGAGCAAGCGUCCCGCCUGCGUGAGAAGCUGAGCCAGGCCGAUGGAGAGCGGACGGUUCUAAAGCAGCAUGAAACGACGUUGCAUUCGCUGGAGAGCGAAAAGCGUCUGCUGAGCGAGCAGCAUGAGCGGGAGCUGGCGCGCGCACGUGAGACCGCGGCGGAGGAGCGGCGCGCCCUGGAGGAGCGGCACCGCGCCGACACGGACGCCGCCGCGCUACGGCACCGGCAACUCGCCGAUGAGGCGCGCUCUGCCGCGGAGGGCGCUACUCGUGCCGUGCGACAGGAAUUGGAGGAGAAGAUGGAUCAGCUCAGGCAGCAGCUGGACACAGAGAGAGCCCAACUUCAGGAGCAGAACAGCGUGCACGAGCAGCUCACUGCUAAACUGCAGUCUGCCAACCAGGAGGUGUCACGGCUGGAGGAACUGGUGCGCUCCGGCGAGCAGGGCCUGGGCUCAGCCACAUCCCACAUCGCCGGGCUACGCGACACCGCUGAGAAGCUGCAGCGCGAGCUGGACGCCGCUCGCACGCAGCUGCACAACUCACGAGCCACGGCCGCCACCCUCCAGAAAAAGAAUGAUGAGCAGAAGCAGGAGCAUCAGACUAAGGUCUCCACACUACAGGAGGACACGAAGAUCAAGCUGGAGCAGGUGACUCGUGACUUGGAGCAGAAAUGGGAGGCGAUUUUGAGGUCCAAGUGCGAGCGGCUGCGCGAGGAGCUGCAGGCGCAGCACGCGCAGAGCAAGCGCACGGCGCUGGAGCAGCUGAGCCAGGUCAAGGACCAGGAGCUGGCGGCCACGCGCGACGGCUGGCAGCGCAAGAUCCAGGACCUUCUUGACCAGAGAAAAUCUCUAGGGGAAAGCUUGCAGAAGGCGAUUGCCAACAUCUCGCUGCUCAAGCAGAACCUGGAGCUGCAGCUGACGCAGUCGCAGGACUCUCUGCAGCGCCUGCAGGCGCAGUACGGCCUGGAGAGGGAACGCACGCGCGAACACCUUGCCGACGCCCAGCGCGACUACGAGGAGCGUGUGGCCGCCAUCGAGGAGAGACACCGGGCAGUCGCGCAGGCCGCGGAGGCCCAGAGAUUGCGCAAAAAUGCCGAGCUGGAGGAGCGUCUAGGUCAGCAGCGCGAGGAGGCCCUGGCGGCACUGCGGAUAGAGCAUGGCACGGCGGUGGCAACCCUGCUCGAUCGCACCCACGGCGAGCUCAGCGCGGAGCGGGAGCGCUGGCGGGAGAAAAAACAGAGGGAGCUGGAGGCGCUGCGCGUGGAGCUGUCCCAGCAGCACACAGCCAGCAUGGAGCGGGCGGGGAGUGCGCACCAGCAGCAGCUGGCGGCCAUCCGUCUCGAGCUGGAACAAGCGCGGACAGCUGCCCGCCUAAAGGAGGAGGAGCGCGCACGCCUGGCCGAGAGGCUGCGGGAUGAGGGGCAAAAGCAGGAGCGGUUGUUGGCUCAGCUGGAGGCUGAGGUGGCUCGGCUGCGGGGUGACAUUGCCAGCAUUUCCAGGGAGCUGGAGCUCAAGGGGCAGGAGGUGCUGAAGAUCAGGAGUGAAACUAACCAGCAGAUCAGCGUACAGGAGCAGGAGUUUGGCAGGAGGCUGGAGAUGGAGAUGAACCGGUUGAAUGCGGAGCACCUGCGCAAGAAGCAGAGCAUGCUGGGAGACUUCAACCAGGCCCAGGAGCUGCUCAAAGACAAGAUUUCUGUGUUAGAGAUCGCGAUCGAGGAGGCACAGGAGCGGUACGAGCGAAGGGAAGCUCGUCCCGAGGACCUGACGCUCAUAUCGGAGCUGCGGGCAUUUCUGUCCGACCGUGAGCUGCUGAUCAAAAAACUUGUGGAGGAGAAGAAGUUUUACCAGCUGGAGCUGGUGAACCGGGAAACGAACUUCAACAAGAUGUUCAACGCUCACCCGACUGUUGGGGUUAUCAAUCCUCUCAUGAAGCAAAAGAAGGGCUCGGAGAAGCUGCCCAACCGCUUCACGAGCGCGCCAAACCUGAGCCAGCUGGAGGCAGCGCAUUCAAGCUUGGCGGCAGGCAACGCCGGCAACCAGGGCGGCGGUAGCAUGCUGCAGACAGCCCUCUCCAAUGGGCCGAGCCGGCUCAGCCCCAUCCCCAGCCUGCCCACGCACGAGCGAGCGUUCCCGCUUGCGCGCCCGCUCCCUCCGCCCGCAGCCAUGGUAUCGGGCGACCACAAGAAGUCGCUCAGCUCCAUCCCGGAUGAGGCCGCUCUGGAGGUUGGAUGUGACCCGCAGCGCGAGGAGUGGUUUACACGUUAUUUCUCCUUCUGAACAGUGCGCCCACCAGCUGCCGCUCAGCAUCAGCGGGGAUUUUCCACUUUUUUCUACGUGGUUUAAUCCCCAAGCAUGAAUUACAACAGCGUUCAUCGGGGGCUGUAAAUUGUGUAUAAAAAAACCCUAAAGAUGCGUUGACAAAUGUGUUAAUAUAAUAAAAUUGUCAUUUUGCUAAUAUGUGCAGUGUUACGCUCAAGUAAAUAGAAUUAGUAUUGUUGCAGGAUGUGUAUGUUUAAAAAAAUGUACAUAAUGCUGUAUUGAAAACCUUAAAGGACUUUAUCCGUUGCCAGACAGUAUUAUUGCUUCGUCGAUCAUUGUAAUGUAUGUGUGUUUAAUCUAACCACUUGAAACAACAAUAAUUCAUACAAAAUGCUUACAUUUAUUUAAAAAACACUGUAAUAUUUGGUGCAUGGACACAUGCAGAUGUCAUUGUGUAUUGUAUGAUGCCCAGGGAUUAAUUUCAGCCAGGUAUAUCUGGGUCAGCGACCUAGGAGAUGAUUCUGCGUAUGCAUCCUGUGGUCGUGACUACUAGCCUGUCACGUAACCACUCCAGUCUCCAAACGACCCAGACAAUAUUCAUUGAGAAAAAAUGUACAUAAUGCUGUAAUAUAGUAUUCGGUGGGAAAUGUAAUCCUGCUGAUGCCUUAAGUCAUGUAUUUUCCUAGUUUGAAUUCAGCACAACUCAGAUGUAAGCUGGUCCUCUGCAUCUACGUUAGGUGAUCCACAUGGAGAUGGGUAUCUGACAUCAGUUUAUUUCCAAUAUAGUAUACACACUACGGUACACUUCACAGAAGUUCCUAGACUGUUGGAUUUUGAUGCUAUACCUCCAAUGCUUUGUACAACUGACAUUUAAUAUUUCCUAAACAUAGAAUGUUCGAAAUAAUAUUUUGCUGUGAACUAAUAUAGAAUGUUAACUAUGCAGUGGUAGUAAUUUAAAUGCUUGACGUUUGCACAUUAUUAGGUGGGUGCUCUCAAUUGAAUGCCAUAGCAAAUACUUCUUGUAGCAUUUGAUGCUUUGUAUGGAAGAGAAGACAAGCGUGCUACUGCCAAGUCUACUGACUAUGAAAUUGAAUGUCAAUGCUUAAAAAGAUCAACAGGAAAGCGAUGUUGUAAACAGGCCUGUACGCAGUGUACCUCCAUAAGCACGUGUAUUGUAGGUGUAGCAAACAUACUUGUCUGGUUUGCGUUCCUUUGAAACCCCUGUGCUAUGCUGUUCCACAAGGAUCCAUCCUUGGCCCCCUCUGCGUUCAAUACAUCUCCUCCCGCUUGGUAAAAUAAUUGUCAGUUCUUUACGUCGACCAUCAACAUCCAGCUCAACAUCGCCACCGACUCCACGAACCCUUUGUGAAAAACACUGUGCUCAUUGAGGAGGAGUUGGCAAAGCAUCCCAAUGCUAAACUCAUGGAAAAGAGUUGAGAAUCAGUGAGGCUGUCGUGGUAACAUAUAAACAAUACAUUUAUUUGCCUCAUAUGGCAUCCACGACACAACACGUGGACUGAUGUUUAUAUACAUAUGCAAUUUGAGAUUGACCAUGUUAUGAAUGUAGAAAACUGAAAAUCGUCUGGUCACGGGGUUGGUCUGUUGCAGUAGUGGCCAUUACUUCACUCCUAAUCCACACCUGGAUCGCAAGAAGAUUUGUUUGUUGAUCUCAAGAUCAAAUUAGAACAAUAUCAUCGGCAUUUAAUAGCGGCGUGGGUCUGAGCUGGUAAAAUAAAACAAAAAUAGUGUAGUGGCUUUGGCUACAUGGGCGACAAUAUUUUCCUUAUAGGCGAGCACGUGACUCGCAGGUCAGAGUCACGUGGUGUGCUGAAGGUUGAGAUGCACGCGGACCUCGGAUAUUUGAAUUCUAAUCGAUAACCAACCGUUAAAAGAACAAAAAAAUCACACAUUUAGCUUAAGUAACAUGAAUCUGGAGUUAAUGCCAGAAUGCAUUUUCGUGUGUUGUAUUGUUGGCUGUGUUUAAAUGUUCAGUUACUAUAGAAAAUUAUAGUUAAAGAGCGGUUGGAAUGUUGCGUAAAGCUAAAUGUUUAACGAUCGCAUAAAGUAGCUUUGCUCGUUUACUGAAAAUGUUUUUUGUAAUUGUUGACCAUAGCUUCCUGGUGAAUCGAUUAUCUGAACCGGUCCUGGUUCUCCCCUAGGUCGACUCAGCCCCAAAUGAGUACCUGGUGUGCUGUGGUGUAAGCAACGCCACUGGGGAGACAAAGGCGGCCGGGCGUGGUGCUGGCCACCAACCCCCUCGUGCCGUGUCGGCCUUCAUAGGUGCUACUCGCUAACAGCACUUGCCCCAACAGUCUGUUACAGGCUAUACAGGGGAUCAUUGUAUUUGGUGUAAUUGGCCACCAAUGAUCUAUUGUGUUAUUAAUUGAAUUUUUGCUCAAUUCUACGAUAAUAAAUGCGAUGUAUAUAUACUACUAUCUCGUUGCCACAAGUGGACACGUGUAUUCAAUGAAUAAGUGCACACUUUGUAUAUAUUGUUCUGUGUAUACAAUUCCCCGGCAUGGUAUGUUUGGAUGUCAAUAAAAUCGAAUUGUUUUCGUGAAAGUUUUUGGUGUGGCCAAUCAAGUAAUGUUAUUACAUCAAAUUCGACUGCUCUUUUAGUCCAAACUCGUCUGUCUCCCCAUAUAGAAUUACCGUACAUAAAGGAACCUAUAAAUGGCUUUGCAUUUAUAACUGUGCUGUAA